AUGACCGAGGUGCACACUCAGCAUGCACGCCCAUCGUUUCAGGCCGUCUACACCGGAGUACUGUUCGGUUCGGAGGACGAGCGGCGAUUGCAGUUCCUGCGCGACUGUCACGAAGGCCACGUGGACAUUGCGUUCCUGCCGUACGGCCUGAACUUCGAGCUGGACCUGACCAGCGGCCCGAACGGUGACUCGACCGCGUCCGAAUUCCGCAACUACUUCGACCUCGACUCUGACCCACCUAAGGUGCAUAUGUGCAGCCACUUCAUCCUGAAUGGUGUGUGCGUCGUUUGGAAGGGCUGGAUCGACCGCAUGUCACUGAAGGGAGAUGGAUGCCUCAUGUUUGACAGCGCCCGGUCUGUCGUUGAGAACCGCAGGCUCGAGCGUGAGAAGCUGACCCCAAGCCUGUUCUCGCUCACUACCAUCGUGUCCUCACUGACGGCCCUUUUCGAUACAAAGUACGGGAACUUCGGUAGGAGUUAA